AGACUUUAAUCAGACUCCUGUUUCCGAGUUGAUAGGUAUGAUGACAUUGACAGUGAAAUGGCGACUUUUCGUCGUGAGGUGGAUCGUCUGAAAACCGAGAACUACACAGUGUGCAUGCGCCUUAUUGAUACCAAUGAAGAAAACACAAAACUCCGGGAAUCGAAUAUGAAAUUGAAGAAUGAAAAUGACAAAGUGAAAGCUGAGUUGCAAAAACUUGAAAGUUGUGUUGCAAUGGAACGUCAUCAAUCUGUGCGGUUACGUAAUAGACUCCAAUGCAGCCCAACUGAGCGUGAUUUGAACGACAUGAAACGUGAAAUUGAUGAGUUGAAAAUCAAACUUGCUCAAGCUCAUUCUAAGAGGAAUCUUUGUGAUGGUGAUGUCGACACUCGGAUACAGAUGCUGCAGCAAGACAAAAAAGAAGCAAUUGAAAUGUAUGCCGGGGCACUUGAGAGUCUUGCCAAACUUAGAGAAGAUUGUGCAGCGGCUGAAGCAUUAAGGAACAAGUAUCUGGAUGAGAAAGAACAGGCUGAACUUACAUGUGCAGUGUUGCAGAGUGAUUGCGACAUGUUUAAAAUGAGACGUGACUCAGUGUGGCAGCAACUCAAAGAAGUUGAAAAGGAAAGAGAAAUUUUAAUGAGAGAACGAAACGAUGCUCAACAUUUUGCAAAAGACUGUAUGGAAGAGAAAGCCAAAUAUCGAGCCCAGAUUCGAAGUUUGGAAGAAAAGUACGACAAACUUUCACAGGAUCUCUUACAAAAGGAGCGGGAACUAUGUCACCUGAAAUCAAGCAACAGACCCAAACAUAAAGUUGCUGAUACACAAUGGACAGGCACAGAUAAAUUUAUCUCAAGAAGAUCUAAUUCUUUUUCAACAUGCACUGCGUCCAGUACAUCAAGUCAACAUGAAAUAUUGCAGGACUGUUCGGAUAUUUCUUCUGAAUGUGAACCGUUCAGGGAACGAACAUAUAUUACAAAACAUUAUGAAAAAUAUUUGAAGAAAAUCAAAAUCUUCUCAAAAAUUACACUUGGAAAUUUUGGUGAAUAUUGUCAGAAUGUAUUACCUGGUAUUGAACUAGCGGCUGAUUAUGGCCCAGGUGAUGCUGAUGAAACCCCAUUUUCCAAACCAACCAAUGAAAAAUACAAGAAAAAGUGGUCAUCAGGCAGUGAGAGUGAAGUUAAUGGUCCACUUAUACGAAAAGAUGUAAUCCGUCGCCAAGCUAUCCCUCGUCGCACUAACACAGAUAUUACUCGAAGUGCCACUAACUCAAAUGUCUCUCUACCAACACAGGAGGCAGCAAUAUCAAAAACUCUGUGAAAGUAGGUUAAAAAUGCCGGUUGUUUGGAGUUUAAUUUCUUCCACUGUGUACUCCACUGUGUACAGUAUAAACUAUCUACUACUUACUUUUCUUUUAAAAAUUGUCCUUCUUUAAAACGCUUUUUAUUUGUCCUGCAAUAAUUUGAUCUUUUCUUUAAAACACUUAAAAUACUCAAUCAUUUAAAAUGUUACAGUGUGUUAAUAUUGUUUAAUAUAUAUCAUCAUGUCCACCGCCAAACUGUACGGAAACUUCACUUGGACCAUGUAAACGCACCUAAUGGUUAAAAAUUUUUUUUUCUAUUGUUGCCGUAUUUCCGUAAAUUAGUAUUAUACUCCUUAUUGUUUCUCCAACCAACCAAUGAUUAGGAAACCUGAAAAUUCUGAUAAAAGUGUGUAGCUAAUUGAUCCUUUUACUUGUAGCUAAUUGAUCCUAUUACUUGAAAUUUCCGAUUAAGUUCUUUUUUCUGUCGUUUUGUCAAUGCUGCCUAGUAUUUUCACAGCAAUGAGAAAUAAACUGAUUUACUUUUCUGUCUAUUCUGGCAACCAA